GCCAAAUUUCCCGGCUGGGUGAACAUUCGGGACUUUCAAUCCGAGCACUCGGUGUUGCAUUUCGUCAUCACGAAUCGCGAGGUGUUGAAAAUGAUCUUCGACAUGAAUUUGGAACUCAGCUUGUACGACAACGAUGAGCAGAACCAGUUGCUGGACUACGAAGUUGGAGGCGGCCACAGAACUACGGCGCAAGAUGGUCUUCUUGAGGACCGUCGUGGUCGCGUAGUCCUCUCUACUCAACCUCGAACGGCCGAUCCUUUUCGUGAAGACACCGCCGCACGAAACCUCCGCAGGAGGACAGCGACCACGACCGCGAGACAAGAAUCUUCUCUGGCUGUUGUGAUUCGGAUGCAGGAGCGCGAUGUGUUGGAGAUGUUUGUGAAGCACAUUCUAGAAAACAAAUCCUCGUCUUGUUCCACACUCACCCGCGUGUCCCUGCUGCGUGUUUGGAAGGUGCUGCCGGAUUUGCUGCACUGGAUGCCGCAGGCCACCGAGAGACUGUUGGAUGCAUUCUUGAUUCCGGCGCCCUUCAGCGGCGGGGGUGGAGCAUCUUGCAGUCCUGCGCUGGACACUACCUCCUCUGCAGUGGACCCACUCCACCAUGGUGGCGGGACCUCCUCCCCCGGGGGGGUAGAUUCGUCUGGGGAGAUGAAGGCGGAUCUUGAAAACACGGAGGACGGGAUGCUCACGCAGGGCUCUGGCUCAAACGGCUACCUGCUGGAUCGAAACGAGUUCUGGGGGUUUCUCACCGGGGAGCUGGGAAGACGAGAAAGUGCAGUGCUAAAUAAUUCAUGUUCGUCUGCGGAUCUUCACGUGGCAGGAGAACAAGCAGCUGCACAUCAUCGCGCCAGGUCUCCGACAGCUUAUGCUGGUGGUCCUUACGAGCGCAGAGCGGCUUCCUGCUCAACAUCUUCAUCCAGCUACGUGACGAAGACGCAGAAUCAACCGCUGAAGCUGGGUCCGGUGUCUCCCUUCGUCGUCGCGGUGCCGGAGUUGAUCCCAGCGGAAACUGGGCUGUUGGACGUUCUGGUCGAGAACGACGUGCCUUCGAGUUUCUUUUUGAAGCCCAUUGUCCGCGUUUUGAUCGACUACAAAUGGAAGAUUUACGCGCACGACGAGCUGAUCUUCCAUCUCCGCGCCUACUUCAUCUACCUCGUCGCCUACACGGUCUUUUGCCUGCAACUGCGCAUGCACAGCGAGCAACCCAGCCUGGUAGACCGGUGGUUUUCCGAGGAUGAGUGUUUGGAGGUGGGGUUGUGGGUGUCUUUCGCCGGCGUGUGCUUCGUGGGCGUUAUGAACUACCGCGCCAAGCCGGAGUUCGGUGCUGGCGGGGAGGGGACGGGUCCAAGAAUUGGGGCUCCUUCUGUUGUUUCUCGGACGACGAGCCACCUGAAUCGAUUGCCAUCUGGUCGCGGGAAAGUAGACCCUACUACAGGAGCCACAGUGGGGCGGGUCGUGUACCACGGAAAAGAGGAAGUAGAAGACCAGGGACGACCACACCUAGGGACGAGGAAGAACAACACGAAUGAGCGACCACCUGGGCGAGCAGGUUGUAGAAGAAAGAAACAGGACAGCAUACCCACCUCGUCUUUUCAACAAGAUCAAGAGCAGCACUUACAUACCGAGUACGGGCUUCGGGCAGAAGCAGAACAAGCGCCGCCCCCGCGCAAACGGUUCAACCUGUCCGUAUCCAGGAAGAUCGACCUGAUUUGGCGCAAUUACACGAAACGCAGGCCGGUUUACACGCUGAAGUUCUUGAGGUCCGUCGCCAGCACGGCCAGGCUGAGCAGAACUUUGAACAGAAGAACGAACUACGGCCUCCUCCGCGUCCGCAGGUCCCUGACCGGGCACCAUCUGCGGUCGCGGCUGCUCCCCGAGGCGCUGCAGAAGUACGCCAACCGAUACUUCCUGGUUGCCCUGGCGGUCUUUAUCCUGAUUGUGCAGUGCAUCACGGCGCCUGCGGUGAACGCGAUCGCGUGCCUGGUCAUGUUUCUGUACACCAUGCGGGCCGUCCUGAACGAGAUCAUCGAAGCGAAGUCGAAAACCAUGGAAAACUACUUGUUUUCCGUGUGGAACGUGUUUGAUUUGACCCUGUGUUUUCUGUCGAUCGGCCUGCUGAUUCUAUGCAAUGCAAAAGCAUCGUACUAGUAUAAAUUACAUUUACAUUACAAUUACAAAUUCCCCCAGCAUUACAAAUUGAAUUUGUAAUGCUGAUUUACCUUGAGCAAGAGAUUUGUAAUGCAUAAAUGCAGUUACUACGAGUACGAUACUUUUGCACAGGAUAGAUUCUAUACGUCGUCGACAACCUCUCCAGCAUCGCCGAUCCGCAGUUCAUCAAAGCGGACUCAGAUGACAGAUCUACGAAUACCUAUUCCCAAUCCACUUCAACCACUGCAACUACGAACUAUGCGGGCAAUAGCAACCUCCACAGCGGUGUUGACGCCAACGGACCUAGUCCACCAGACCCGGACGGCCCCAGCAGCCAACGAACGCGCACCACCACGUGGGCGAGCCUGGCGAUUUUGCUGGUGUGGCACAAGUGCCUUUACUUUUUCCUGCCGUUCCGCAAAGUCGGGAGCUUUAUCCGCAUGAUCAUCGAAAUUUUCUCCGACAUCCGCUAUUUCCUGUUGGUGUGUUUCGUCACGCUCGGCGGGUUCGGGUCGGCCUUCUUCGUUCUGUACAAGGAAGAUUGGACCAGCCGGGACACCAACACCUUUUUCAAAAACCGAAACGCAGAGCUGUUGGCGGAAAAUGACUACGCAGGGGAAAAGUAUCGCAAUCGUGCAAAUUGAUGUAGUAGUAGAUUUUUCUUCAUACAAGAGAAAAGUGUGAGUUUGUGAGGAAAGAAAGAAGUGCGCUGUUCUGGAAGGAAAGGUGAUCUGUCAUAUUGUGUUGCAAAUGCAAUCUGGACGUCGAUUAGGUGAUACUUUUCCACGUGAUAACGACAGCAACAGUCGUCGUAAUGUGAUCUACAAAAAGGGGUCCUACAUGCUUGACAAGGACUAUGUGAGGCUGACGCAAGACGACAUGGAGAACGAGGUGCCGCAUUUUCCAUCGGUUUUCCAAACCCUGCUCUCGUAUACACUGGAGAUAUGUCUGGGUCUGGAGCAGGAGCAUUGCAGGGCUCUGUAAUCAAUGCACCUUUCCCAUGAACCAAAAAUGCAAGCCAGACCAUCAUAGGUUUCGCAAAGGCUUCCCAAACCCAAUGACAAUGUCUCUCCGAGGACAUUAGAAGUAGUCUAGUUCUCGGGUGAAAAACAGUGGGUAAGAACAUCUUGUGCUGCUGAUGCAAGAUAAUUCUUCAUACAUAUCACGCAGAACCUGGUGCCGCGUCAGUGUCACAUACAAGACAAGUGUGCAUCUUUCCAGACCAGACAUAAUUUGCAAUGCAUAUCUCGAUGUACGUGCUAAUGCUCGGGGAUUGGGAACUGCAGAAAUUCACGCACGCGGAGCACUACGUUCUGGCGCCGUUUUUGUUCGUGGUGUUUACGUUCAUGAUGAUGGUGGUGCUUUUCAACAUGCUGAUCGCCCUGAUGUCCGAAACCUACGAGCGGGUUAUCCCAAGGAAAAUUUUUUUGAUGCUCUUGCCGUACACAACGUACAAAUAAUGACGCUCUUGUACUACCAGGUUGUGAUGCUCAUUGCUGAUUUAUUACCAGCGACGUGGUGCUGACUCAGCCAAAAUUUCGUCUGGUUUCCAUGCCCAUGCGGCAUUGUUUUUGUACGUGCGGUCGUUUGGUUUUGUGUUUCAUACGAGUGCGUGAGAACGAAGAGGCGGAGUUUUUGAAAACCCGGGCGGAGUGCAUCGUCGACAUGGAAAAGCUGCGCUGGCGGACCGUUCUGUAUCCGGAUUGGGUGCACGCAUUAUUGCCCGCGGGCGGAAAUAACGGAACGGCAACGAGCAACAACAGCAACGCCGGAGCGACUUGGUCGUCGUGAUGUAGUAAAGAAAAACCAGGGUAGUUUGUUUGUAGUGCUGAUUUCUCCCACAUUUCUCGCGCUGGGCCGCAGUUCUCUGCACUGAUUGUAGAACACACAGAGGUGAACAAGCGGCAAUACAGUUGCAGUUCUACUCGCUUAGCACUUUGUUCAUUUUACAGAAGCAGAGUAGUACUAGCACUACCAGUGCUAGCAGGGUGUCCUCUGCAGAUUCACGUUGUUGCCCAUCAUCUGCUUAUCUGCCUCUCAACAAGAUCUUCGUACCUAACACACAAGAUAAAGAAGUUUCAUGUUCAGGUCCAAUGGCGACGCCCUCGUCAUUGUGGAUGGUUGACAACUACAUGAGAUCAUUCAUUGAGAACAACUUCCUGUCGCCGCACCCUGGUGCAAAGUCACGCACUUCUCAUUUUACAUUUUUCUGGAAUGGAU